CAUAGAUAAGAAUGGCUGCAAUAUAAAUCCAUACAAGGUUCCAUUCAACAAAUGAAAGGGCUGAUCUGCAAACGCUUUUGUUGCUCCCACUAAAAGUAACCAGAUGUUUUCAGAUGACACACAAUAGGAGACUGGUCAGAGCUUUUCUGUUUCUCAUUGGAAAAGGAGGGGAUCAAGCCAUCUGCAUUUCUCUCUCACACACACAGUUACAAGUGGCUGGGAAGACUGCCUCGGUUACUGCAUUGCACACUGUUUUCUUGGAAUCCUGGAAGGGUGAUUUUUCUGUCGAAUGUAGCCAGAGUGGCUAAGAAAACUAAGAUGCAUCACUUGAGGAAGCCAGACGUGAGCUGUAUCAGUGAUGAGGGCAUGCAAGACGAAAAACACAGCAUUAUUUUACUGAGGUCAAACCCAUUCUGCAAAGGUGUUCUAUGUUAUUCCUUUAAGACCUGGAGCAGCUAUUAAUUGGACGAAGUAAGGACCAGUGUAUUAUCCGAAAUAAAGACAUCUUGGUGGGUAAGAACGAAGGCAGGAAUGGAAAAGUUUGAAAUAUUUAUGAAUAGAAGAAGUGACUUGUAUGUGACUGUAGCAAUCCCCCCCCUAUUAUAAGGCAAUUGUGAUUACUGAAGAGGGAUUCAUGAUUCACUUCUACUGACAACAGAACAAUACUGGUUGCAUGCAUGUCGGCUUCCUUCCAACCAGCAGGAAAAGUUGUGAUAAAAUCCAAAUACCUUAUCUUCAGAAUAUUAACUGACUAGCUCACUUGGAUUCUAUUUUUUUGUGGAAAAUAAAUCAGUAGCCAUGGCUGCGGCCAUUGCCAGCUCUCUGAUUAGGCAGAAGAGACAAGCCCGGGAAAGGGAAAAAUCCAAUGCAUGCAAAUGUGUGAGCAGCCCCAGCAAAAGCAAAGGAAACUGCGAGAAAAACAAACUCAAUGUCUUUUCUCGGGUCAAACUAUUUGGCUCAAAGAAGAGAAGACGAAGACGACCAGAACCUCAACUCAAAGGAAUAGUAACUAAACUGUACAGCAGGCAAGGUUACCACUUGCAGUUGCAGCCAGAUGGCACAAUCGAUGGAGCAAAGGAGGAGGAAAGCAGUGCCACUAUGUUCAACCUUAUACCAGUUGGUUUACGAGUGGUGGCUAUUCAAGGUGUUCAAACGAAAUUAUACUUGGCUAUGAACAGUGAAGGAUAUUUGUACACAUCAGAACAUUUCACGCCUGAAUGCAAAUUCAAAGAGUCAGUAUUCGAAAACUACUACGUGACAUAUUCUUCAAUGAUCUACAGACAGCAGCACUCUGGAAGAAGCUGGUUUUUGGGUCUCAACAAAGAAGGAGAAAUUAUGAAGGGCAAUCAUGUAAAGAAAAAUAAGCCAGCUGCCCAUUUUCUGCCAAAACCAUUAAAAGUGGCCAUGUACAAAGAACCUUCACUUCAUGAUCUCACAGAAUUUUCCAGAUCCGGCAGUGGAACUCCAACAAAAAGCAGAAGUGUUUCAGGAGUAUUAAAUGGGGGUAAAUCUAUGAGUCAAAAUGACUCAACGUAGCCAGCUUCAGGCAAGUGAGGAGCUGCGUUAUAUACAGUAAUGGAACCUUACCUCUGGAUGCUGUUGAAUUCUUACAAGGAGCCCUUCAUUCAAGUACCCAGUUAUUCAGGACAAGCACUGAACUUGCACAGGUCACUCACAUUUAAGCCGUUAGAUCUCCAGGGUGUCGCUGGAUCCCAUUAGAAUGUGCUCUUUGCAUCUCAGAAGGCACCCACACAGCCUGCAAAACAUAAAGUGAAAUAAGUCACGGAGAGGACGUACCCUGCUCUCGGUUUAUAUCACCUAUGGUUUGGGGAGAACGAAAGCAGAAACAUUUCACAGAACUCACAGCUGAUUACAAGAAAAAACAAAAUGCUUUCCAACCAAGAAUAAAAGACCACUUUUGCUCUUCAAAGAAAAUUUUACUGCUUAUAUGUUUUAUAGGGGUGAACCUAUACAUUGUAAAACCUGUUGUUUUCUUGGCUUAAAGUUUUAUAUACACAUAUUAUUCAUUUGAAAAACUUGCAACGCUUUGAUUUUCAUCAGGCGCAGCUUUCUGAACUCUAUAGGGUCUUUAAAGCUGGGUCUUAAUAUCAAAAUCAGGUCUGAACUGAGGCGCUAUGCUCAAGUAAACAGUGAUCCUGUGAUUUCAACCAUACUGAAAUAUAUCUUUUUUUUUAAAUAAAUUCUAUAUGUAGUGUCCUGGCUCACAGUAUAGUGCAAAACCCUAAUCCAUUGACAAACAAUUGUAUUGUCAAAUCCAAAACAGUGGAAUAUACCUUUACAGAUACUAUUGUCCACGUACAUCCAUUUCUCUGAUUUCCAUUUUUGUGUAUAAUGUUACAUAAAUGUUGUGUGGCUUCUUUUCUAGAAAAAAAAUGAAAAAAAAAAGCUGUGGAAUUAAGGUGAACAUUUUUAUAAGAAAUGUCUUAUUUGUAAAAGUCCUUUUUCAGUGUAUGGCGUAUGUAUAGUAGAAAUGGAGAUAAGGGGCAGGCAAAGACAAGACCGUAGCCGUGCCUGCCAAUCAAUACGUUCAAUGUUAAGUUAGGUUUUUUCCAUUUGGUUUAUCAUCUCUGUUGCAUGGGAGGAAGCAGGAGAAUGGGAUUAGACAUGCAUGAUAUGUUUUGGUUUUGUGCAUUAACCAUUGUUGGAUUCAGCACCUCUAAAAUAUACAGUACAUAGUAAGGGUAAGGGUUUUCAUGUAUUGUGCAAAAUGUUCAUCCUUUGUUGUAAACACCAAAUGCACUGAAGAAGCAAUUUAUAUUUAAUGUGUAUUUUUUAAACUAUUAUAUUCAUUUCUUUUCUUUAUGUCACACUACCCAAAGGCUAUUCAGUAUUCUGGAAUAUAAGCAGGCUAUGCAUUUUUCUGUUUAACUGUUAAGUCACGAUAAUUUGUUCUGAAUUUGAUUGACUUCACAUUCAGAUGUUUCUUCCCGCCUUUUUUCUUUUUUAUUUAAAAUAGGACCCUGUUUACGUUGAAGCAGAUUGUGCACUUGUAAAAUAAAAUGUUUCCUUCAACUGUA